UUCGGUUGUGGUGAAGCGGACCGUCCCGGGGACGCGCGGUCCGGCUCAGAGCUGGAGGGUGUGAGGAGGACGUGCAGCGGGGAGUCCCGACACCGAACUGACGUUUCACCGCUGCGAGGAACACAAAACAACACGACACCAUUUCAGUCUCAGCAGAAUGUGCGACCGUCCAAAGAUCCACGUCUUCCUGGGGGCUCCUCCUCCCUCCUCUGGCCCGGCCUUGGUGUCUGGAGCUGGGGAGGAGGGUGAGGAGCGUCCCCCUGCAGACUGGAGACACCUGGAGCUCACCUGGCAGCAUGGACGUCUGAGGCCUGUAGCAGAUCAGUUAAAGAAAUCCAAAUUAUUUGAUAAUGUUUCAGACGAGGCUGGAAAUGAAACAAAAUUAUCAUCCGAGGAGAGAAGCAGCAGGGAGAAUGUAGAAUCUGAUCCAUCUGCACCGAGGUUACAAAGAGAAGAUGAUGAAACAAACUCUGAUCAGGAUGACUCGUCCUCUAAAGCUGAUCGGACCACAGAGACGUCACGAGAACCUGAAGGACGAGCUGGAUCAGGCUGCACGUUAACCAAAGUGUCCUCGGACCAUCACGGACCUGCAGAGAGAUUUCUGAGCCCAGAUGAAGAAUUAAAUCCCGGAGAGGAUCAGUGUUCGGCUUCAGUUCAUGAGUAUCUGGACAGCUGUUUCCCUGCAGCUCAGCCAGAAAAACCAGAACCUCCACAUUGUUCUAAACGCCAGCCGACACCAGCCGGCCCUCCUCUGUCCGCCCAGACUCAGUACCUCACCACCUGGACUCUGAGUCAGGCAUUAAUCCUGAGAGGCAGGUGUGGAGUCCAAUUAGCAGCUACCCCUGAGAAAACCCCGACUCCUCAGACCCCACCCAAACCCCCCCAAACACCUCCAUCUGUCUCCUCCAGCACCCCGGAGCUCUUCAGCCCUGUGACCCCCUCACCUGGAGCCUCCGCAGAGCUCUUCAGCCAACCCCGCCCAACCCCGAGGGCGGAGGAAGGGGGCGUCGUCGUCGAGGCCACCACAGACGGGGUGCUCUGCUCCCAGGAGGCUGAGCGACAGGAGCGCACGACCCCCAAAGCCUCCCCCUCCAAAUCCCCUGAUUUCAAGAAAGCUCGACUCUCAGAAAACCUCAGGACCGGAGCGUCUGUGGCCCCGUCAGACACCACCGUGGUCGCCGGGCCCCAAGGUGCCACCACUCUUCUGACACGGUGUGACAAACGAGGGGUGCGGUACUCGGUUCUGGUGGCGGUGGUUCACCCCUGUCACCUGAAGGAGGUCAAGGUGAAGUCGGGGCCGGCAGCAGGGACCUUCGUUCCUCUGGCGUCCAUCGUGGUAACAGACCAAUCAGGCGUCGAGAUGAAGGUGGUGCUCUGGCGGCGAGCGGCGUUCUGGGCGUUGACCGUCAGUCCUGGAGACGUUCUGCUCAUCACAGGACUGCAGGUGAAUGAAGACAGGUGGAGAGGAGAGACGGUGCUGCAGUCGACCUUCAGCAGCAAACUGCUCAACCUGGGACAGAUCGCUGCCUCCGCCUCACCACCAGUUCCUCAGAGAGUUAAUGCUCGCUCGCUCAGCUCUCUGUGCGGCUUUCUUCGGGAACGGCGCCCCAUGCUGUUGUCUUUGAACCUUCGCCCCCCACAGGACCUGAACCGCCUCCCCUACACCGCCCUGAGGUCCCUGAGGGCCAACACGCUGGUUCACGCCCUGCUGCGAGUCAAACACACACAUAUCAGCACAGGGUGGAGGAGUGAGGCGGAGUCUCGCUGCAGGUCGGCUGUUCAGAUGAAGGCUGUUCUGACUGUGGAGCAGCCAGACAGCCAGCAGGGGGCGCUGCUGCUGUGGGGAGCAGCUGUGGACUGGCUGCCUCGCUUCAACAGAGAAAGAGCGGCUGUCUGGGACUUCCACGUCCUCCUGGUGAGGGAGGGUUUGACCUCUGACCUCCUGGAGCUGCACUCCACGCCCUGGAGCUCCGUCCAGCCUCUGGACCCUGCCAGCCGCCGAGCGCAGGACUUCCUCCAACCACGACCCGUUGGGACAGGAAACAGCAGCAGCCUGGAGUUGGACCUGGACACGCUGCUGUCACAGAAAUACAGCGGUGACGUGGAGCUCAGAGUCCAGGUCACCAGUUUCCGUUUCCAAGAUUCUCCGCCCUCCCAGAAUACACCUCAGCCGGCGCUGGACAGCUCCACGCCGCUCGACGGGAUCCUGGCGGCACUGACCGGUGACAUCACCUUCACCGGCUGCGGACGCUGUGCCUCAGAGCUUGAUACCGACGCCAACGGCAUCUACGUGCCCUGUUACCCCUGCCUGCCCCACACUGCUGUGCGCCGCUACUACAGGCCAGCUGUGCUGACAGUGAGUGGGCGGAGCAACAGCCAGGUGUGUCUUCAGGUUCCUCCUGUUGUGCUGCAGGAGAUCCUCGAAGCUCCACCUGAUAAACUCCACAGGAGCUCAGUUCCGGGUUCGGAGGUGAAGCACAUCCAGGUGGCAGCAGAGAGGAUCCAGACCCUCCUCUCACUCCCGAGAAAAACCUUCAUCAUCACCGUCCGGAGCCACUUCCUGUGCGACGAGAACAGCGUCCCCAUCAAUCAGGACUUCACGCUGCUGGACCUUCAGUUCCCCAGCUGACGGACUGCAGAUGGUGAACCUGCAGACCAGAUCCCAGCCUCCUCAGUGAGGACUGGUUGGACCUGAGAUGGGUUCAGGAUCAGGCCCGGUUGGAUUUUUGUUUGUUUUUGUUUGAUUGCAGCGGACUGAUCACUAAACUCCUCCCCCAAAGACCAAUUAUCCAAUCACAGCCAAGCUUCGCAUUUCUCCAAAAGCCAAAUUGUUGGACCUGCGAUGUAGUGACACUAUCAGUUUUUAUAGAGUUGAAAGGACCUUUUUUAGUCGUCCAAAACUACAGAAUAAACAGUUUAUUUGCUCUAAUGUAAGCUGCUAACGUUAGCAUGUCCUGCUAACUAGCUAAAGUAGAAACUUUCCAAGUCAGCAAGAGACUCAUGGAGUUUUUCCAUAAAGUCUGCCACAUGUUGACUGUAAAGUACAUGCUGUUCCAGUGCCAGAAAGAAAACUAAGCAGGUAGUGGGGGAUGGGGGGGCCUUAUCACAGAGUCGUUAUUAAUAAAUGAAAUAUUUUCCAAACGGUGAAAAUGUUCUGGAGAGAAUUUUCUGUGCUUUCAUCUUAAAUUUAAAGAUAUUUUUUUUAUUAAUCUCCAAACAGUUUUAUAUUCUUGGUUUAUGUUCAUGUACGUUCUAGUUUAUUUGGACAUGAGUGGUAUUUAUUGUUCCGGUAAUCAUGCUUCAGAUUAUGUCAGUAUGAGCUACAGUUUAUCACAAAAUGUCCAUAAUCUAAUAAGAAAACUCAUUGAUAAUCUACUAAACACAAUAAAAAUGAUCUGGUUCUGAUAAA